AUGUUAUCUGUUGAGGAUAAAGGUAGGUAUUUAUUGCAAUAUUUAUUAGAUUGUAGAGGUAUCUGUCAUGAGAAUGCAUUGUUAUUGGUUUUGAUCAAAUUGGAUAAGGAUUCCGUUGAUGAGGAAGGGUCUCCAAAUAGAACGUUUGAAGAUUAUUUGAAAUAUUUGCAAGAUAUUGUUGACGAGAUUAAUGUUAAAUUAAAUAGAUUGAAUUAUAAAAUUGUAAGGAUCAACCAUCCCAGUGGUGCCCGUGUCAUCAGUCGGUAUACUAAAAGUUAUCUGAGGGAUCAUGAACAAGAUUUUGGAUCGUUUUUUAAUCUACAAGACCCUGCUACCAGUGCCAUUACUGCAAAUAAUAAUGAUCAAAAUGUGUCUAUCGAAUUGCCUCAGAGUAGUAGAUAUUAUGUUUAUAUCAAUCUAGAAUCGAACGAAGAGACAAAAUUGGCCACUAGAUUCUCGUUAAAGGAAAUAGAGUUCAUCAAAUGGGCAAUUCAGGAAUUUAUGAUAAAUGGAUCGACUAUCGAAACUACAAAUAGAAUACCUUCUUCGAUAAUCGUUAAGGAAAUUAACAGAAUUCUAAAAGAAGUGUCUACAGAUGAGAGUCCCCAGUUUUGGAAUUCAUAUUGCACGUUCACAAAGGGAUCUCUUAACUUAAGUAAAUUCAGAGAUCUAACCGCUUCUGAAACAGAUGACCUUCUUAUACGGCUAUGUCGAUACAAAUGGUUCUAUCGAACCGAUGAAGGUACCUUUGGAAUGGAUCUUCGUUGCAUUACAGAAUUGGAACAAUACCUAAUAGAGACAUUUGAAUUCAAAACAUGUACUGUCUGUAAACAUAUCGUGUUGCAAGGAGUUCUUUGUAGGGAUGCCCAAACUGAUGAAAACUGUAGUAUGUGGCAUGUCGAUUGUUUCCAACACUAUAUCACUCAUAGCAGGAAGAGUUGCAGCAACUGUGAAUCGGAUUUAAUGACACAAGGUGUCUAUGUGAUUUAG